AUGGAAAACUGGCUCAGUAAUCACCAUCUUCAACUGGCCAAUAAGAAAACCGCGGGGCACUCCAUAGAAGCCAUAGAUGCACUGAAGUACCUUGGUAUCGAUAUUGACGCAAAACUGAACUUCGAGAUACAAAUUACGAAGACAGAUACUAAAGUCGUGAAAAUGGUUGUCAUGUUAUCGCGGCUUAUGUUGAAUGUAAGAGGCCCGAGAAGCUCAAAAAGGAGAAUUUUAAUGAGCGUAGCAAAUUUCAUUUUGCUUUACGGAGCAGAGGUGAGGGCUGAUGCCCUUAAAGUAAAAUGCCGGCGCAAUCGUCUUUUGAAGGUGCAGUAUAAGGGUGCAUUCAGAGUUUCUUGCGCAUACAGAUUGGCAAAAAAAUCUGUAAGGCAAAAGCAGAAGGAGCUGAUAGAAAUAUCGAUACUAUGGAAAGAAAUGCGACUAUUGAAAAAUGGCACAGCAAUGGAGAGAGGAAACGAGAGGCAGAUGGACUGCCAGGUUAAUAGAAGAAGUGCAACCGUGGAUCAGUAG